GCCCACCACAGCCCAGCCGCACCCACCACGUCACCCUCUAGUAACCACGGGACCUGCAGCGACAUCCCCCAAACCCUCUAUCCCAGUCUGGUCUUCCCGCGGAGCAUAUCCUGUCCCCUACAGGAAUUCUCCGCCUGGGAAUGCUGCUGACCCCAUCGCCAGCCCCCGAAAUAACCAGCCAGAACUUCCCGCGCAAGACCGCGCCCCAUUUCCACGCUUCUCUCUCGACCCUGUGCCCUGGGCGCUCUGCUUCCUCUGGUCUCAUUCCGCUCUCGCCGCAGGCCCGCCCGCUCGACGAAGGAGGGUUGCCAUACGCCGCAUCACGCGCGAGAGAUGGCGGCGCGGGGGCAUUGCCUUCGCCAAGUUACCCGUUCCAGGCCCCGCCAGCAGCACCCAGCGCCCCAAAAUUUGCCCGCCCUUGGACGGAGAGGAGGGGGCAGGCAAGCCGAAUCACUGGCGCUGAUGCCGCUCGCAGCGCGUCCACGGCAGCGCCCGCACGUCAACGGCGCGCCCCCAUGGCAGCUCUUUGCCCCAUCCCGAUUUCUACUUUCUUCCGGGGCUCGGGAGCCAGAUCUCUACGCGCCGCUCUUGCUCCUACGCGCUGAACUCUCUCUGUGCCGCCGACCGUCUGUGCACCCCGAUCGCUGACCUCGCUCUCACCUCCAGCAGUGCGGCGCCGCGCGCGGGCGCCCCCAAAGAAGCCAGAUCACUCCAGGGUAGCAACAUCCUCCUGCGCCUCCCAUUGGCCGGCAGUAGUCUGACUCACGCCGACAUACGAACCGCCCUCGAACCCACUCCGAACCGUUCUGAUCACGAGCCCCCGGGCCAGAUCCGCUGAAGUCACCUCGCUUUUGCCCGCCAGGUCCCCAUCGGUGAUAUCCCUCCCCCUGCGCUUGGCGCGGUUCCAACGCAUCUGUGUCGUACGCGGCCUCUACCCUGGCCCCCUGUCAUUGUACGUUGUCUGUCGGUGUCAGCGACCCAGCGUUGCGUAUGUGCACGAUCGCUCCGACUCGCACUCUGUCCUCCUGAUAUUCUCUGCAUAUUCGACC